AUGGGUAUUCAAUGUUCUAUUCAAUGGUUCAACGCUAUUGAUAAAAUAGGUAUUGAUGCAUACUAUCAUUUACAAACAUCGAACGAUAAUGCCACUGUUGAUGAAAUAGUCAUUGCAUGGCAACAAUUUGUACCACUACUUGACAAUUUGGCUAAACAAUGGAAUAAACCAAUUAUUUUCGUUGAAAUUGGAUAUACUUCUGCUUAUAAUACACAUGCUCAUCCUGAUCAUAUGGAAUUACUUGCAUAUGAUGAUUGUAGUGUAUGGGCAUUAUGUGUCUUCUUAGAAGAACAAGCCAAUAGCUAUGAAGCUGCUUAUAUAACAUUUUGGAAUUUAGAAUGGUUUGAUGGUAUGUUUUGGUGGCUGUGGAGAACUGAUCCAUGGGAUGGACAUAGUUCAGACAGUGGGUUUAGUCCUGUUGGUAAGCCUGCUGAAAACGUAAUGACCAAAUGGUACUCUCAAAAAACUAAUAAAUCUUUUUAA